UGUUUCUCAUCAGGCAUGCAUGCCAAUUUUAUUCUAUGUGCGCGCGAAAAUAAUUCACUUCCCUCGGUUUUUCCGCAGGAAAUUUUCAUUUCCCCCUAAUCCCGCUACACGAUGGCGAUUCUCCUAUAACCCCGCGAACUAGAUCUCGCUUCUCUCUCCAAAGAAGUGCUCGCUCCCAAGAUUUAGGAUCCUAACUGUCGUUUCCAAAUUAGUUUACUUGAGCUACCUAUUUCGUCGGACUUUCCAGACAGCCAUCUCCAAAAAAAAAUCACCACGCAGUUCUUUCGAUUCUACUUGGCGACGACAUCCAUGUGUUGAACCAUGUUCAUCUUCAACAACGGUGAUUCAAGGGAGAGCCGGUGUCAUAUUGCCUGAUGCAAGCAUCUUGUAGACCACAAUCACAGUUGGACCAAAUGUUAUAUGGGUAAGGGCACCUUUGGAUGCACAGGUUAUGUACGAAUGCACUGGACGCAAGGCACAUGGGAAGUUUGCAAUGGCGGAUGGUGCAAUUGAUAGCUCAGAAGUGCAAUUAUCCACAAAUGCUCAUCCUUCUCACACUUACACAGUUAGACCUAGCCAAAUAGAGGUUGAACUGCGUCAAGAGCUUGCUAAUUUCAAGCAUCAGCGACAAGAGGAUUGCCAAUCAAUACAAAAUGCUCUAUCUGAGUUCAAUAAUCAGACAAAGGAGUAUAUGAUUAAUGGAUCUGCAAGUACACCUCCACCUCAGAUCAAUUUGGCUGCAUUAUUUCCUAGCCAUUCAUCUCCAACUACUCAGCAGAAUACUACAAAUAAUAGCUCCAGAAAUGUGUUCAACCAAAUAGAUGGAAAUAAUAGUGGAAACUGCAGCCAACAAGAUGCUGGUUUGAGCAACAAUGAACAGGGUGACAUGGGAAACAACUCUGAAAAUGUGGUGUUACAACGCAUGGAUGGAAGCACAUUUGGUUAUUCUAGCCAACAAACUGCUCCUGCUACUAAUCAAGGCAACAGUAAGCGAGGGAGAGAUGGAGACUAUGUUGAUAGUGAAGAUGAUUAUGCUGAUGAUGGAAACUAUGAUGAUGCUGAUGAAACUCCUGAACCGUUCGUUGCUGCAGUUAUAGUUGAUUAUCCUUGUACAAAGUAGUGCUCACUGUUUUAUGUUGGUUAGGAACUUCAAUUUACUUAUCCUUAGUGCAAGACAAUUACUUUUAUUUAGGAACGAUGAUUUAUGUUUUUAUUGUGAAACCUAAUGUCAGUACAAUUUCUGAUUAUAUGUGAUAUUAUUAAUUAAGUCAUGAGAUCACUGGUUCAAGUUACCUUUGCAGUCUGUAAUAGUAUUGAAAAGUGUAGUGCUAUGAAAAUGGUUGGAAA